GAGGAGCGGCUUGAGAAAUGCAGGGGUGAACAUAGGGAGGAGAAAAGUCAACUGGUUGUGAAGCACGACGCCCUCAGGGAGUGUAUCUCGCUGAUCAAGGACAAGGAGGAGGAGCUGAGCGAUCUGAAGCACGCGACUGAUGAAUGUCGCACGGAUUAUGACUCGAAGAAGGAGGAGGUGGAGUUGCUGCGACAGGAGUUUGAAUUGAAGGAGAAGAAAGCCGGGUUGAUGCAGAGUUUGCUCGAGGAAAUUGCUCGGCAACUCGAAGUGAAAGUGGGUGGAGGAGUUUGGUUCGGUGAAGGGCUCUCUCGAUGAGUGCUCUCGGAUGGUUAAAUCGACAAGUGAGGAAUUGAUUAGGGUGCAGAGUCUUCUCGACCACAGUGUCAAGGCGCAUGACGAUAGUGAGAGGAGGCUCAGCAUUUUGGAGCGCACCAUAAAAAAGCGUGACAAGGAGGUCAUGCUGAAAGCCGGAAAGUUGCAGUCUAUCGAAAAUAGGUUGAACAGCUGUGAGGUUGAACUAAAAGUGAAGGAGGAGGAGCUCAAGGGAUUCCAUAAAUCCAUGGAUGAGCGUUCCAAGGAGCUUGAAUCUAAAGAGAGUGAGCUCCUUUCUGUGGAUAUUUUGAUCGAGGAGCACAAAGAGGCGCUCAAAUCCAAACAAGAGGAGCUUGAGGAAACCAACAAGUUCAUCAAUGAGCGGUUGGCGGCCGUUGCUUUGAAAGAUAGGGAACUGGGGUCCAUUCAAACAUCUAUUGGAAAGCUUUCCAAGAACCUUAAAUCCAAGGAAGGCGAAAUGGAAAAUAUGAUGAAGCGGGUGAAGCAGUGUAAUGAGGAAGCCGAGUCCAAGAAGGAAGAUAUCGCUGCAGUCCAGGCAAAAUUAGAAGAGGUUGCCAAAUCACUUGAGUGGAAAAGUAAGGAACUCAAUGCUGUCCAAGCAUCCAUCAAAGACCGCAAUCUUGAACUUGCAUCGAAAAGGAGAUGGCUAGAGUCCAUCCAAAUUGAUAUUACAAAACGUGCGGAGCAACUCAGAUUGAAGGAGAAAGAGUAUGCUUUCAUUCAAAGCUCAACUCUCGAAUGCUCCAAGGCCCUUGAGUUCAAAAAGAAGCAAUGUUAUUUGAUGCACAAUUCAAUCACAAAAUGUUCUCAAGAGCUUGAAUCUAAGAAAGGGCAGUUGGAUGCCAUUCAGAAGAGAAGCAGAGAAUGCCUCACAGAACUUAAAGAAAAGCACCUUCAUAUGCUUAAUCAGUCAAUUGGAGAAUGCUCCCGUAUACUUGAAAUGAAAAAAAGGGAGCGUAAUGUGCAAUGUAUGGAGCUAGAAUUGGGGCGGCAAUGGCUUGAUUUGAUUGAAAAAUUGCUCGAGAGGCGCUCUAGGGAAAUGGAGUUGAGAGAGAGGACUAGUGUCCAUUCUAGGGUAGUGGCUCAAAUUUGGAGACACCCACUAAUAAAUGGACCUGUUCUAGCUUCAUGUCAAAAUUGUCAAUCCACAAAUGAAAUUCAUGAUCUUGUCAAUUCUGUGUCACAGUUGCAAAUAGCACAGGAAAUGCACCAGGUCCUUGGUCCCUCAGCAGUGGCACCUGGUUCAUUGGGAUCUACUCAACAGUGGCAAAUAAAGACCGAGGAACCAGAAAAUUUUGCUGCGCUCAAUGCGGAUUAUUCUUCUGUUGAAUAUCCACCACCACCACCUAUCUUAGCUCGAAAUGAUUUGCCGCUUUCCCACACUGAACUUUCGAAUGAGAAUGCUAUGAUAUGUAAAGAAAUCUUGCAUACGCUGCAAAACUCAUCUGACCCUGCAAAACUUGUUCUGGAUGUUAUCGCGGGUUCUUGUGCUCAAAACAGUAAGGAUAUGAAUUUGCAGACACAUGCUAUGAGGAGUCAAAUUUUUCUUUUAGAGCAGCUUGUGAGAAUUUCGCCUUCAAUAACACAUGAGGUUAAAGAAGGAGCAAUGAAGCUGGCAAGAGAAUGGAAAGCGAAACUGUCUGAUAGACCCGAGAGCCCUUUGGAGGUUUUGGCAUUUCAGCAGUUCUUGGCUGCAUAUGAUUUGCGUUCUUUGUUCAAUGAUGCUCCUCUGUUGGGCCAGACCCUUGGUCUAGUCAAUGAGAUCACAGCGCCAGCUAGCAUACCUGCUUCUCUCUCCGGAGGCCAUCAGCAACCGCCCAGAGAGAAGAAACGUUCGGCUAGUGACAGAGCAAUCGAUGUGCAAUCCCAAUCCUGGGUACGCAAAUGUAAAUCCAGGAUGACAGAUCAGGGAGGUCCCCUGUAAUCCUCUUUUUUGACUAAGGUACUCUUUGCUGAAAGUAUGCUGGAGUAAUUUGCGUGGCUGACUCAGACACCUUGAAUUGCCGGACAAAUCUCAUAUGAUUUCCAGGGGAAAUUUGUUGCCUGAUGAAGUGCAGGAUGUUUAUAGGGUAGGUCUUGUUUUCCCAGCAGGAUGUACAGUGGAUAGGUUUCCUAACAUAUGUGUUGUCCCAUGCUUGGCAAGCAAGUUAGUCCUUCUUGUAUGCCAGGAAGCUCUCUGUGAACAUUG